CCACCAAUAACGCACUAUGUUUACUUUGAUAUUGCUCAUGGCGAGGAAGCUAUUGGUCAGAUCAAGAUAGGUUUAUUUGGAUCAGUUGUUCCAAGAACUGUUGAGAAUUUCUUUGAAUUAGCCACCAAAAUGGGCGAAAAGAAUAGAGGAUAUAACAAUACCAUUUUCCAUAGAAUUAUAAAAGACUUCAUGAUCCAAGGUGGUGAUUUUGAGUUCGGUUCAGGUAUUGGUGGUUAUUCCAUUUAUGGUAAGAAGUUUGAAGAUGAGAAUUUCAAGUUAACUCAUUGUAAAAUUGGUAGAUUAUCUAUGGCUAAUGCCGGUCCUGAUUCUAAUGGUUCACAAUUUUUCAUCACAACAUCUAUAACUAGUUGGUUAGAUGGUAAACACGUUGUUUUUGGUCAAGUUGUUGAAGGUUUAGACUUAAUUUUGGAAAAAAUUCAAACAGUCAAGACUGGUCAAAAUGAUAGACCUGAAAAAGAUGUUAGAAUCGUCAAAUCU